CGAUUUUGUCAGUUGUAAUAAUAAGGAGUUUAUUUGCGUGGUAGUUAAUAGAAGGAGAACAUCCAAAAUUAAGUGUGAAGAUGGAUUUUGGUAUAUGGUGGAAAUUAAGGUGAACGAGUGGCGCAAACCACAGAGAAGAUCAUGGCUUCUUCUUCUCAUCUAUCCGCCAUUCCCCUCCGCCGUCCCUCUUCCUCCUCUCCACCUUCCUUAUCCCACUCUAACUUAAAGCCUGUUGUGCUUCAUGUGACAUCGAAUUCUGAUGAUGAAAGCUGCAGUACUGGGGAUUCAAAAACACCAUCAAAACCGCUGAAGGGAACUCAAAAGUUGAUUUCUCGUCGAUGGUGCCUCACAUGUUUAUGUUCAUCUGUGACGUUGAUGAAGAGUUAUGGAGGCACGGUGACUGAAGCUAUUGCAAAUACCAUGGAUGGAAAACCUGCGUGCCGAAAUUGUGGAGGAAGUGGUGCUGUACUUUGUGACAUGUGCGGUGGUACAGGGAAAUGGAAAGCUCUAAAUAGAAAACGGGCUAAAGAUGUCUACGAGUUUACAGAAUGUCCAAAUUGUUAUGGUAGAGGAAAACUUGUAUGCCCUGUUUGUCUAGGGACUGGUUUACCAAACAACAAAGGUCUCCUAAGAAGGCCCGACGCACGACAAUUGCUUGAUAAGAUGUACAACGGUCGCUUAUUACCAAAUUCCUGAACUUCAUCUCUCCUUGCAAAAUUGGCUCCAUGCCCAUAGAUGGUAAUAGAUGUAUAACUUGUUUCUAGUUGGUAGAAGUUACCUAAUUGCGGCUUUUGUCAUGGUUGCUUCAUGACGGAGUUCAGUGAGUGGAAAAACAUAGCUAUGGAGUUAGACGGCAAUCUUGUUUACAGCCUCUAGUCGUCAAAUGCAUAUUGUUUAUACCAAAGAGAAAGCAUAAUCAGAUCAAUUUCAACCUAUAUUAUAAAUAUGAAAGUCUGGUUAUUGCAAA